AUGUUUCGCUGCUCGCAGUGCAAAGCACUGCAACGUCAAGGGCGUAUUCAUCUUUGUUGGUCGGACAAGACAUCGACCGUCAUAUUAUUGUCCUGCCUAGUGAAGCAUGGUGUUCUUACACUGGCUGAGGCAAAAGACACCUACAAGGAUGUGCAUGUCGGCGUAAAGUACAUUUGUAAUAUACACUAUGUCAAGGCGGUCCUGUACAUUGUUGGGGAGAUCGAGCGGAUGUGGCACAGCUUACCGGCGGACUUUUCACCGGAUGUUAUCGAUGAUGUUCCAGUAGACGUCAUCCAGAACAUAGCUGCGCAUCUUCAAGAUGCCGCUUAUUCCUUGGAUGUGACCGUUCAGGAUGCUCUUGGCUUGCAGCCAAAAAAUGUAGUCGCUUUUUUCAAAGGAUGCAUGACGAGAUAUAGCUACGACGUAUUACGGUGCAGGUUCUCACUUUUGGACGCAAACUAUGUAAAUGACGACUCCGACGAUGAAGAUAUGCUGGGUUUGUCACAUCCUCAACAGGACUCUUCCUUAAGUACUGCCGACAAACUUCAAGGGCCUGAAUGCUCAGGUGAGGAAGGUGAUAUUGUGGAAAUAUCUGCCGAAGGGACGGAAGAAGAUUCUCUGACCGCGGGAAGAACGGAAAUAACUAUUUCGUCGCCCGACGAUCCUCAGACAAGUGCAGCAUUAGUAGACAACGAACGGUCGACUGAGCGUUAUUGUUUAUUGUGCGAAACUUGUCGACAUGAAAAAAAUUUACGGGCAACAUCGAAAUAUCCUGUGCAGAAUCUGAUACUUAUUGGGGCACUGUUUAUGGGUAACAAAAUCAAUAUGGACACUGCUCGCCGUAUUUAUAAUGAUACCCGCUCUAAACGUGUGCGGAUUUGCAAAGAUCAUUUUGUUGAAGCCAAAGAUGUGGAGCUGAAUGAAAUUGAAAUAACUCGGUUUUACAAUGAUUGUAUGGCGAAGUACCACAGUGAAGAUCCUCCAAAACUAUAUGAAAGUGAUGCGAUAUCUAGUUCAUCAGCCGGUCAAUCUGAAGAUCCCGAAGAGGUCGCUAUAGAUGAUGAAUCAGGGUCUAGUCGUAAACGGAAACUUCCAAGUGUGAACUCGUCCGAUGUCAUUGAUAAGAAAAUGAAACGCCAGAAAGAUCAUUUCUGUGCGGUGUGUGGUACUAAUCGACCAGCUGAAGACUGUCGUGAAGCGUCGUUGUCCGAUAUUGUGAUCGUGGUUGCUUGUAUGACAAUGGACUUCAAAAUUGAUGCAACCACCAACAAAAGGCUACGUGAAGAAAUUUUGCAUGGGUGGAGGUAUUUGUGUAAGAAGCACUAUGUUGAAGCAGCAACAUUUCUUUACUGUGAAGUGCAGCAGAACGGAGAAAAUCUAUCCGACAGAGAUUUCGCUUCCCUCAGUGCCCUCACGAAGUACGGUUUGUGUGAACGGAUACAAAUGUACUGUGACCUAGUCGGCAAUGGAUUUGGUAUAAUGUAUGACGAUUUAUCAUGUUUCUUCAAUGAUUGUCAAACAAGGUACGACAUUGUGCAGCACGCUGAAGCACAAAGUGCAAUACAAAGUAGGGAACAGAGGAAGCAGGCAACUGUUGCGUCAGUGAUUGAUGAAGUAGUUGCUCAAACUUCUAUGGACAGUGCCAUUCGAGAAUCCGUUGUUCCGGUCCAACCAGUGGCUAGGGACUACAAUAUGAUGCCUGAGGUGGUUUUUGGUCGAGAGGAGAAGUGGACUUUGUCGAUUCAUCGGAUAGGCGUAGAAGAUUGGAGUUGUACCGGAGAGCACCCUUGA